AUGGACCAAAAUUCCGGUGUCACAGCAGAAACAAAGAAGGCAGAGUCUUCGGCCGAACGCCCCACCACCAGCAAGAUUCCUGCACCAAAGGCUGCCAAAGACAAGAAGAAAUACAAGAAGUCAGUUGGACCGUCCAGCAAGGCCAAGUCAAAACGUGGUAGCAAGAAGAAGGAAAUCGUAGAGACGGAAGAUGAAUCGACAGACUCCGAGUCCUCCUCGGAAGCCUCGACCGAUAGUGACGACUCGAGCGACUCAGGGAGCGACUCUUCGUCCUCUGUGGCGCUUUCCAAGAAGAAAUCCAAAGUCAAGAAGCUGAAGGCUCAGGCAAAAGCCCUCGCCAAAGAACUGGAGAAGCAGAAGAAGAGGUCCAAGAAAAAGAUCACAACUGAAGACGAGGAUUCAUACAGCGAGGAUGACUCUGAGGAAGAGAUCAUCAGACCUCGGUCAAGAGUUCGAGUCAAGCCGUCCAAGAGGAUGUCUAGGAAACACGACAGCCCAGAUCGAGGGGAAUGUGAUGUUAUUGAGAUCCGUGAAGACCCCAAGUCUGCAAGAUUGCGUCAACUGAAAUCAUCCUUGCGAAAACUUGACUUUGACAAUAAUCCUCUUGCUCCUCCGUCCGCUGUGUUCGGCAUGCCCCGAGCCCAGCUUAAUCCAGAGCCAAUCCCCCUCAGCAGUUAUGACAAACCUCGAAGAAACCGGCGUAGAGAGGCCGUUCUCGAAGACGAAAUCCUCCUUGAGGACCUCGAGGAAGUUAAGCCGAAGAAGCAGAAGAAGCCGAAACGCGCCUCCAAAGUGGCCUACAAACGAGUGGACCAACUUUGGGACCAAUCGAUCCACAACUUCAAGCUCACAGAGACUGUCAAAAAUACCGGGGAGGCCAUCUGGGACCAGUAUAUCUUCACUGUUCGUCGUCGGUUCGACUGGGAGCACAAAUACCUGGCAACGGUUGUCGACAUCAAAUCCGAACCUCUCAAGCAAUGCCUUCAACAUGUCAUGGCGGGCGUCAAGGGAAUCAGCCUGGUAGAAGAUACGCCGCACCUGGAUCCCAAUAUGCUCUUCUUGUAUCUAGAAGAGAUGAGGGACUAUAUCAGGACCCUCGAGGACGAUGCUGGAGGAAAGAAGCGCAAGGAGGCAAAGGUUUCCAAGACCAAAGCCAAACAUCUUCGAGUCAUGGUCAAAUACCUGGACAAAGAUUUUGCCGAGACCAAGAAGAAUCUGUACCCAAUGCUGGAUAAUGGCAUGAUCACCUUUGACCUCCUCUGGGCCUUGUACAAGCCGAAUGCCAUUGUGUACACUUCGACUUACGGUGAUCAGGAGGAACCGCGGGCUUUCAAGAUCGAUUUCACCACCAAAGAAUCGCACUUCAUGAGGGGCAGUUGGUACAUCGUCGAAGGCCGAUACCUCGAGUACGACGGCAAGAACUUUGGCAUGGGCACCACUCACGCGGAAAUUUCCUCCUUCCAAGGUGUGCGCAAGAUAACCUCGCUGGAUUGCUAUCCACUUCAGUAUCACAAACAUGCGGAGAAGAUGAGAACCCAGCUCAUUGACCGAGGCAAGCGUUUUGUGGCCCUGCAGGGUAUGAACUACCGUCACCAUAGGGGCAUGGCAUACACCAAACGCAAGAAGCAAGUGCUGAAGAUCAACAUUGACGGGCGUGUCAUGGUCGAUCCCGCCAUCCAUCGCCGAAUCAAUCCCAACUAUCCGGCCAGCGUCAUCAAGCCAAAGGACGAUCCAGACGGAGGCAUGCUCGACGACACCGAUGAGAGCUACGGCUUUGACAGUGGUAGCGACAUGGAGGCCAAUAACCAGACCACUCCUUCCGAUGAAACCAUUCAGGUGCAGGAGACCAAGAGGUACAAAGUGGUCAGGACGCCAAAUGGUGAAAAUGUCAUUGUGGAGGUCAACUCAAAGGAAGACAUCGACUGGAGCCAGAACACGGAACCACUUGGGGAUGACAAGCUAUCCACCCACGAAUUUACCGAGGAAGAAUUGCUCAUUGCCAGCCCUGUCGUUCUGGGCUUUGCUUUUGGCGAAAAGCUUUGGCUCGAGUUCACCGUCUCUGGCAUUUCUGAUGUCGUCUUCAACGACCAAGCCUUUGAGAGUCUCGUCCUUCCUGACAACCACAAGUCCAUUGUCAAGGCCCUUGUCUCCAGUCAUACUUUUCAAGCCCACAAGAGUAUUGAUGACAUCAUCUCUGGCAAAGGCCGUGGCUUGGUUGCUGUUCUCCACGGUCCUCCAGGCACCGGCAAGACGCUUACAGCGGAAGGGAUUGCGGAUCUCCUCAAGUGUCCGUUGUACAUGGUCAGUGCGGGCGACCUGGGCACCGAACCAACCAAGCUCGAAAAGGAACUCCAAAACAUUCUGGAUAUUGCCCACAGUUGGGGAGCAAUCCUGUUGCUGGACGAAGCCGACGUCUUUUUGGAACAACGUUCGAUUCACGACAUUCAUCGCAAUGCGCUUGUCAGCAUCUUCCUUCGCCUUCUCGAAUACUUCCAAGGCAUUCUGUUCCUGACCACCAACCGCGUGGAGACGUUUGACGCUGCCUUUGUGUCACGAAUCCACCUAUCGCUGCGGUUCCAGAACCUUACGACCAAGGCGAAACGCACCGUAUGGAAGCUCUUCAUUGAUCGGGUUAAGAACCAAGAAGGGAUGCAAGUUGCGAAUAUCACCGAGCAAGAUUACAACGACCUUGCGCGCCGGGAGGUCAAUGGGCGACAGAUCAAGAACUUGGUGCGUGCUGCACAGGCUCUGGCUGUCCACGAAGAAGUGCCUUUGAGUAUGGUGCAUAUCAGGCGUGUGAUUGACGUGGCUGAGAGCUUUGAGAUGGACCUUAAGGGUGGGACUGGAUACACCGAUGCCAUGAGAAGCUAUACUUGA